AUGGAAAACAUUAUGGAAAUUUCCAAAUUACUGAUACGGGCAGAAGUACUAUCCCAGUCCAGUUUUAAAGAUGAGACAUGUAAUUGUGGGUUACCAAGCAUACCAUUGCAAGGAUCUGUCACAGUAACAGGAACAUAUUUUCUCGAUGUUGCCACAUUCUCAUGUGAAGUAGGUUAUGACCUGGUUGGUUCCCGGCAGCUGAUGUGUGAGAAUGGAGGCAUGUGGAAUGGUUCCUAUCCUACAUGCUCACCCAAAGUAACAGUUUCGACUACACCAAAUCCAACACCAGACAUUGACACAACUUGUGGAUUGGACAGCUUAGAUGUUGUAUUUGGCAUUGGUGUUAGUGAUAUAAUGACAGAGUCUGAAUUCUCGUCAUUGAAAAACUUUGUGUUUAAUGCAAUACACAGAUCCAAUAUAGACUUUGGAAUAACAAGAUUUGGUUUCUUCCUAUUCAACAAGGAAGUUGUUACAGAAUCUGUGAUUCAUCUGAAACAAUAUAGGACCCGAGCAGACUUAAUCCUUGCCAUAGAUAGUAUACCAUUCGAACCAUCAUCGGGUCCGGCAUAUCUUGCCGUUGGGUUACAGUAUCUUUUGACCAUGUUCACGGCAAUUAAUGGGGCUCGAACUGGAAUAUCAAACAUGGCUGUAAUCAUGUUAGACAAUAAUGUGGACAUUAGUAAUAGCUCAAGUAUAGCUAGUCAGCUGAAGGUCAGCAGAAUAUCGCUACAGUUUAUGACUGUUGGUUAUCAAAAUGUUACACAAUUAGAGAAUAUGGGUAGUGGUGAAACUUCUGUUUCGAAUGCUAACUCGUAUGGAUUUCUAGAAUGGAUUGUGGAAAAUGGCAUUUACAGAGAUGAAAUUUGCAGUUGUGGAGGGAUAGAGAAUCCUGAUUUUGGCUCUGUAGUAGUUACUGGUUCCUAUUUCCUUGAUGUUGCCUCAUUCAGCUGUAUUGAUGGCUAUGAACUUAUUGGUUCCAAGCAGCUUGUAUGUCAGUAUGAUCAUGUUUGGAGUGGUACCCCACCCACUUGUACUAGAACAGGUGUUGUCAGUCCACCAGGAUCACAUAUCAACCCUAAAACAGCUUGCGGGUUUUCAAAUGCUGAUGUUGUUGUCGGCAUAGCAACAUCGUCCCUGACAACGGAAACAGAAUUCAUAGACCUGAUUUCUCUAGUGAAGACUUUUAUAAUGCUCUCUGAUAUAGACUCUGGGUCAACUCAAUUUGGAUUUUUCAUGUUUGAUGCCCUAGUUUACACUGACAAUGUUAUUGAUUUGGGAGAAAUCAACAUAACAGCUGAUUUGUUAGCAGAAGUGAAUAACAUUCCUUAUACACCUUAUAGAAGUAAAACCAGAUUUGAGCUUGGUCUAAACCAGGUUCUGGAAAUGUUCUCGGCCAAGGUAGGUAGAAAUAGGGCAGAUGUACCGGAUCAUGUUUUCAUCCUGACGGGAACAGAUGUCUUGUAUUAUGAUGUUUUCUCAGCAGCCAAUCAGAUCAGAGAUUCUGGAAUCAUGCUUCAUAUUAUAGCAGAUGGGUAUAAUCCUGUGUUGUCAUCAUUGGUGUUUGGAGCAGACGGACAUUUUAUAGAAUUACCAGCAUUAGACAGGGAAGCUUUUAUUGCACAAAAACUGUUCAGACAUUCAAAAUGUAAUUGUGGAGAGGUUUUUGGUCCUGGCAAUGGUUCAGUGAAUUAUAAGCAAGCAGAAAAUGGUGAAGUGUCUACAUUUUAUCUCGAUGUUGCUACGUUCACAUGUGAUGCAGGGUUCCAGCUUGUUGGUUCCCCCCAGCUAGUGUGUCAAGAUGGCGGAAAUUGGGCAGGCACUGUACCAACAUGCAGAUCACAAGGAGUCACAGCUUUCACAUCUGUCAAACCAACUACACCUGGUCAGCUAGUGACGGAUAAAGAGUGUGGGUUGCAAAAUAUUGAUGUGGUAUAUGGUGUGGGAUUAUCCAGUGACAUCAGUGAAACAGAUUUUGAAAACAUCAAAAAUCUUAUAAAGAUAGGAAUAGACCAUGCUAACAUAGAAAUGGGUUCUGCUCAGCUUGGCUUCUUUAUAUAUGCCAAUGGAGUGACACUGAUGAAGGUUGCAUUGGGUGAAUAUAUGACCCGCUCUGACAUUUUUUCUGCCCUAGAUAGUUUUAAAUAUCAGAAGGAUAAUAAUCAAGUAUCACUAUCAACUGGACUUAACAUAGCAAGGAACAUGUUCUCAUCUUUGACCAAUGAUGCAGGAGCACCAGAUUAUUUGUACAUGAUUAUGGAUCACUCUGUAGAUAUAGAAGGUGCGUCAGAGAUUGUAGAACAGCUCAGAGCGGCAGAUAUUCAUGUAGAUUUUAUAGCAGUAGGAUUGGAUCAUUCCUCGGAACUACACAAGUUUGCACAUGUUGAAGAAGUAGAUAGUUUUGACACUACUGAGAUGGCUGUUACUGCAAGAUUGCUUUUCAGAAGUUCCGAAUGCAACUGUAGUGAUCUACAAAGUCCUGACAAUGGUAAAGUUGUGUAUGAUGAUACAUACUUCCUGGAUGUUGCUGCCUUUUCCUGUAACCAAGGUUACGCUAUGGUUGGUUCCCAGCAGCUUGUGUGUAAAAAUAGAGGAGUUUGGAGUGGUUCUCCUCCUGUAUGUGUGCCCAAAGGUUCUAAGAAAGAAGUAGAUGUACUUAUAAGCUUAAAUAUGACGACACAGGCAGAUGUUGACCUGAAAAAGAAUGAUACCUACAAUACAUACAAGGAAGCUGUCAAACUUGCUCUUGAGAAACAUUACAGAGACUUGCUGAAGGAUGAUAAUGUAACAAUAAUUAUCAAUGGAUUAAGUUUUGGCAGUUUAAAUGUGAACUUCACUAUAGUUAUAUCUAAUACAGCAGAGUCAGUUGAAAACUUCACCAAAUCAACUGUUAAUCUAGCGAAAGGUGUUUCUAUUGAAGUACUAAAUGAAAGUCUGGCAGUGACUAAUAUGAGUGUAGGAGAAAAUUCAGUGAACAUUGUAACACUGACGGAGGAAGCACUGACCUGUAUGGUAUUUAUAGAGGCAAAUGGACCAUGUGAUCUUGGUUAUAUCUGUCAACUUGUGGAUGAUGUUCCAAACUGUGUACCAGAUCCAGAUACAGAUUGUGGAUUUCCUGGUAGUACUUUGAAUGGUAAAGUGUUAACAGUGGAUGGUACCCUGUAUGGUGAAAGUGCUACCUUCUCAUGUAACUAUGGAUACAGGCUAGAGGGCAAUCGUACUCUCAUCUGUAUGCCAUCAGGAUUCUGGGUACCAGAAGUCCCAACAUGCACUUAUAUAGAUUGUGGGAACUUGACUAGUCCUGAAAAUGGUAUGGUGGAUCUACCUGGAGGAACAGGGUAUAGACAGCCUGCAAAUUUCUCCUGUUAUCCUGGAUAUACAUUAGUUGGCCAGGCAGAGUUAUUGUGUAACGAGGGCAGUAAAUGGAGUGGUAUAGCACCUACAUGUCAGAUCGAUGAUGAUUAUUGUGGAGCAGUGUUAGAUCCCCAGCAUGGGUCUGUCUGGACAACUGACCUCUCAAGGAUAAACAGCACAGCAACCUUUAUAUGUAACAAUGGCUAUAGAAUGGAAGGACCUGGUACCAAAGUUUGUUCUGGCAACACAAACUGGGAACCAGUACAAGACACCAAAUGUAUAAUAAAAGAUUGUGGAAUCCUCCGUAAUCCAUUAAAUGGCAGUGUAGACCAGUCAUCUGGUACUACCUUUGGACAAACAGUUGUCUUCUCAUGCAGUGUGGGAUACAAGCUAUUUGGUGCAGAUCAAGCUACAUGUAUGGCAGAUGGAAACUGGAGUGCUACCCCACCAGAAUGUCAGAUAACAAACUGUGGAGGAUUAUCUAACCCAGCCAAUGGUUUGGUGUCCGCCAGUCAGACAACAUUUGGUCAGAGAGCCACAUACGUAUGUAACCCUGGAUACAAGAUACAGGGUAUCAGUACUCGUACCUGCCAGCCAGAUGGUUCCUGGUCUGUUAGGGAACCCACCUGUCUUCCUCUAGAUUGUGGUGCUCUGUUUGACCCUAACAAUGGUAUUGUAAAUACAACUUCGGGUACAACAUUUGGUAACCUAGCAACCUACAGUUGUAAUGAAGGCUACAAACUUGAAGGACAGGCUGUUACAGAAUGUGCAGAUACUGGCAUCUGGAACCCAUCAGUGGCCCCCAAAUGUGACAUCAUCGACUGUGGCCAAUUGCAGGAUCUACAGUAUGGACGUGUGACAUUAUCAAAGGGUACCAGGUACCAGAGUGUCGCCACAUACCAAUGUGAUACAGGCUAUAUCCUGAAAGGACCAACUACAAGGGAGUGUCUCUAUACAGAGGAAUGGAGUAACAAACAGCAACAAACAUCCUGUAGUAUUAUUGACUGUGGUUCAAUUUCACAGCCAAUGGAUGGAUCUGUCUCUCUUACAAACAACACUGUAUACCAGAGCGUUGCUCAGUUUACAUGCAACAAUGGGUACAAGUUGUCUGGUCCUAUCUCAAGAACAUGUUCCAUUUCUGGUAACUGGGAACCUAAUCAAGCAUCUUCUUGCUCUUUGCAAGACUGUGGAAGAAUACAGAAUCCAGUGAACGGUAAUGUAGAUCAGUCAUCAGGAACUACUUAUGGACGUACUGUACAUUUUAACUGCAGUGUAGGGUAUGAAAUAUUUGGAAGUAAGCAGGCUACUUGUAAGGCAGAUGGACAAUGGAGUCAUGCAGCACCAGUUUGUAGAAUAACAGAUUGUAAAGGUCUACCUUACCCUGAUAAUGGUACAGUAUCAGCUAGUGAGACAACGUUCGGUCAGGUGGCUUCCUAUACUUGUAAUGAGGGCUUCACAUUACAGGGAACCAGUAGUCGUUUUUGUCAACCAGAUGGUUCCUGGUCCGGGUCAACACCAACAUGUUUGGUGAAAGAUUGUGGAUCACUCCCUGAUCCAGCAUUUGGAAAGGUUGAAUAUACCAGCACAGUUUAUGGUAGUGAAGCAGUCUACAGAUGUAAUAUUGGAUACAGUAUACAAGGUUUAACCACCAGAAAAUGUGAGGCAGACAGGAACUGGUCCGGUGUAACACCAACUUGUACGAUCAUUGAUUGUGGUUCAUUAUCAUCAGUAGUGUCUGGUUCCUACACACCACCACAGAGAAACACCUAUAACACUGCUGUAAUAGUCAGCUGUAAUACAGGGUACCAGCUGAAUGGUAAUGCUACAGUCACAUGUCUGGAAACCGGUCAGUGGAGUCCAUUACCAACAUGUACAAUAAGAGACUGUGGAGAAUUGACUGAACCGGAGAAUGGGUUGUUAUCAUUACCUCAAGGAACAACAUAUGGUCAGACAGCCGUAUUUACCUGUAAGACUGGUUAUAUUCUAUCUGGAUCAACACAACUACAGUGUUUACAAGAUGGUUUCUGGAGUGGCACUCCACCCACUUGUCGGAUUGCAGAUUGUGGGAUUCUCAAUGAUCCAGCUAAUGGUGCGGUGACAUUGAGUGGUACCAGUUUUGGAGACUACGUCACAUAUGUAUGUGAUGCCGGACACCAGAUUACUGGUUCCCCAAGCAGGCUGUGCCAGGAAACAGCAGAAUGGAGUGGUUCCCAACCCUCUUGUAAAAUUAGAGAUUGUGGGACAUUGACUGCCCCAGCUGGUGGUAAUGUUACUCUCUCAGGAACUAAGUAUGGAAAUGUCGCUACAUUCACCUGUAAUACAGGGUAUAAUGUGGUAGGGUUAUCAACUUUGGUGUGCAGAGCAGAUGGUUUCUGGAGUGCUGAACCACCAGCAUGUUCUCUUCAAGAGGGAUUGCUUGCUAAAGAGUUGAUUGUGACAUUAAACAUGACGGCACCACCAGGGCUCACACUCUCUAAUCCAUUUACAUAUGAGGCGUACAGAAAAGAAGUUAAAGUAGCGUUGGAACAACAUUAUGGUUUGAGACUAAAGGACAAUAUUAUUGACAUUAUCAUUAACUCUAUGAGUUUAGGCAGUUUGAUUGUUGACUACACUGUAGUGAUGAAAGACAAAGCUGAAGCUGUGAAAAAUUUCUCUCAAGCCUCUAUGGAACUUGCCCAGGGAUCAACGAUAGAAGUGUUCAACCAAAAUCUUGGGGUUGAUAAAAUGACAGCAAAUAAUGAUCCAGAGGAUUUGAAGUCACUACAGUCAGAUGAGCUAGUGUGUAGAUUAUUCCUAGACUUAUUAGGUCCAUGUCAGACCGGUUAUGUUUGUACACUGGUCAAUGAUAGUCCAGAUUGUAGACCAGAUCCAAGUAUAGAUUGUGGUAUACCACCGAUUCCCUUAAAUGGUGAACUAGAUUAUGCUCGUGGUACAUUAUAUGGAGAGACUGUGAUAUACACAUGUAUAUCAGGCUAUACACUGACUGGCGCUAAUACACGUACCUGCCAGGUAGAUGGGAGCUGGCAACCACCUGCUCCAACUUGUUCUCUAACAGAUUGUGGAAGUUUGAAUAGUCCAGACAAUGGGAGGGUAAUAUAUGGUGGCACAGUUAUUGGACAGACAGCAUUUUUUAGCUGUGACGCAGGCUAUAGUUUGAUUGGUGCUACAGUGAUCACAUGUCAGCUUGAUGGUAGCUGGAAUAAUCCACCACCUUCAUGUGCAAUUACAGGAUGUGGUGGUCUACAAAGUCCUUUACAUGGAUUUGUUUCAAUUUCAUUUGAUAGCCGAUCAGCUAUGUAUUCAUGUGAUACAGGGUAUAUACUGAAUGGUGAUGAAAUCAGAAAUUGUCUUACCUCUAAUGUUUGGUCAGGAAUCACCCCAACUUGCAAAGUUAUAGUAUGUCCCCUCUUACCAAACCCACAGUAUGGUAGUGUAACAUUAAGUGGUACAUCAUUUGAUGACACUGCCACCUAUCGAUGUACUAGGGCAGGGUAUAGACUGUCUGGUACAGAUACUAGGAAAUGCUCUGAUGACGGCCAAUGGUCAGCUAGGGCUCCAACCUGUGAUAUCAUUGAAUGUGCUGAUUUACCAGACUUUCCAAAUGGAAAUAUGGUUAUGUCAGGGAAAACAUACGGACAGACAGUAUCAUAUACAUGUAACCAAGGUUACAUAUUAGAUGGUGCUACAACACUGAAGUGUGAAGAAAAUGGCUGGAGUAAUUCUCCACCCACUUGUAAAUUACAAGGAGAUUGUGGGCCAUUACAAAAUCCUACAUAUGGUUAUAUUACAUUCACACUUGGCACGGCAUAUCUCUCCAAGGCUACAUAUGUAUGUUAUAUUGGCUAUAAGUUGACAGGAAAUGCCGAGCGAGAAUGUCAGGCUGAUAACACGUGGAGCGGGUCAUCUGUGACAUGUGUCAAUGUUGAUUGUGGUCAGCCACCUAGCCCUGGAGAAGGACAAGUUUCAUAUGGAAGUGGGACAACAUAUGGUAGGGUGGCAACAUACACAUGUAAUUCUGGCUAUGAUCUGAUAGGUCAAACUUCCGUCACCUGUCAGAACAAUGGAUCAUGGUCUAAUGUACCUGUGUGCAGACCUAAAGAUUGCGGUAACCUGCCCAACCCAUUAAAUGGAAUAGUAGAUACUGUGACCGGUACCACUUUUGGUUACACCGCCCUAUAUACAUGUAAUCCAGGCUUUUAUAUAAUGGGAGUCAGUGCCAGGACCUGCCUAGCAACAGGAUUCUGGGACAAUUUGGAACCAAUUUGUACUGUCAGAGAUUGUGGACCUUUGGCUACACCCACAAAUGGAGUGGUGAACAUUCCAUCUGGAACAACAUUUGGUCAGACUGCAACUUACAUCUGCAGACCUGGUUACAUCUUGUCUGGUGCAGCUAGUAGACAAUGUACUGUAGAUGGGACAUGGACAGAUUCCCCUCCUAUUUGUACAGCAAUAAAGUGUGUAAUGCCAGGUAAUCCAGGGAAUGGUCUGGUGUCUGUACCAAGUGGUGUAGGCGUGGGUUCUGUCGCUACAUACUCCUGUAACCCAGGUUAUGUUAUCAGUCCUGCCAGUAACGUAGAGAGAACAUGUAUGAUGAACGGAAACUGGACUGCUUCUCAACCUGCCUGUAUAUUUGUUGAUUGUGGUUCAUUAUCGGCACCAAUGUUUGGAGAUGUUCUAGUUGAUCAGACGUCAUUUGGACACACUGCCACAUAUAUAUGUAAACAGGGUUACAUUAUAUUUGGGACUAUAGAGAGAACAUGCAGCUCUGACGGCACUUGGAGUGGUACUAAACCUGUCUGUACUGUCUCUGAUUGUGGAACAUUAGCUAAUCCGACCAAUGGUGAGGUUAAAAUGCCAGAUGGAACAUUAUUUGGGGCUACAGCUGUAUAUACAUGUAACUCUGGUUACUCUACGAAAGACUAUUACAAGAGAACUUGUCUGUCUAAUGGUACAUGGUCCAGGAACGCUCCUACUUGCCAGUCUUCUAGAGAGUUUGCAUUAGCUGUGGGUCUAGGAGUUGGUCUGACAGGUUUUGUGAUCCUUGUAUUAACUAUAGUUCUGAUUAUAGUGAUACUGUAUAGACGGAAUCAUCGUUCUAAACGUUAUCUGAGAAAACCUUCCAGGGUGUACACCUUAUCACAACCUUUGAUGGCACCUUCACUUCCUGUAAAGAUGACUACAAGUCGCCCAUUGAUAGUACCAUAUUAUUCUGGUCCUACUCUCAUGGACGAUGGUGUCGAUGAGGAUACAGAGAGGAAACGUACAUGGAGGUCAAGAAAAGCUGACUAUGGAGAUCCAACAAAUCCCCUUUACUACAAUUCAACGAUACCAAGGCAUGAAUAUUACUCCUUUGAAAGAUGAUCCUUUGCAAGCUUUGAAUUUAGUUGGAACAUCGAGUAACACUACCUGCGCCUGAAGUGCCACAUGGUCCCUAGAAAACAUACAUCUCACAUCUGUAGAAUAUAUCAGAAUAUUAACUUUAUAGACUUUAUUGCAUAGUGCUAUCGGAAUUAAAUUCAUGUGUUUGCCAUUUACAUAAACUUUCACUAAAAGUGAACAUUUUGUUUAAGGUUCUUACUAACUUGAAAUUAUUGGAUAUAUAUGUAUAUUUUGUAAAGUUUUACUAUAUUUAUACAGAUCAGAUUUUUUUCACAAUAUAUUUAUUUCUACUC